ACAAUGAGCAGAUACGCGAUCCUUCCCUACUGGCGCACCAUAGUGCUGGUGCUCACACCCAUCAUCUUCAGCUUCCUCCCUCUUUGUUGGGACACUUCGGCGGCGAGAUGCGGGUACGUCAUUGUGAUAAUGGCGGUGUACUGGAUGACGGAGGCCUUGCCGCUGGCCAUCACCGCUCUCAUCCCCGUCUUCGCCUUCCCCUUGCUUGGUGUCAUCUCCACCGGCGACAUCUGCAUCGUCUACAUGAAGGAGACCAACAUAAUGUUCCUGGGCGGUCUCACAGUCGCCAUCGCCGUCGAGCACUGUAAUUUGCACAGACGAAUCGCGCUAAGAGCCAUCCUUCUCUUUGGUCAAUCACCGCGGAGGCUAAUGGCGGGGUUCAUGUUGACAACAAUGUUCUUGUCCAUGUGGAUCUCCAACACGGCCACCACAGCCAUGAUGGUGCCCAUAGUGGACGCCAUCUUGUCAGAGCUGUAUGUGGGCCAAAGUGACGAAGAUGAAAGCACCCAGUUAAUUGAGGUUCGUAGUGUCCAUCCUUGCCGGAGUUGUGAACAGCACCUAGUUCCUGCUGGCGGGGAACGACAGGUCUCAAGCGAGUGCAAGAAUAGCAACUUGGAGCAAGUGAGUGUGAAGAAGGUGGAUAUGACGUCUAAGGACGCGGACAACACUGGCCUGACCACCUUACCUCCCAACGAGUCGUGUCGCGCCCUCAGGGACAUGUGCUUCUUGGCUACCGCCUACUCUGCCAACCUGGGUGGCACUGGCUCCCUCACAGGCACCGGGCCCAACCUGGUCAUAAAGGGCGUCCUUGAAAGCAUCUACAGCGAGCCGACUGGUCUUAACUUUCUCUCGUGGAUGUUAUUCAACGUUCCCGGCAUGCUGCUCUGUGUUGUCUUGGCCUGGCUGUGGCUGCAGCUCUACUUCUCGGGAUUGUUGUGUGGCCAAAGGAAGAAAAUUAUCCAAAAUCCAUCAGCGGAGCGACAGAAGGCAGUGAAGCAGCUGAUAUUAGCCAAGUACCGCGAGCUGGGACUCAUCACCUUCCAGGAGGUUGUAGUGCUGACCCUCUUCAUCAUUCUUGUUCUGCUGUGGCUCUUCAGGGCUCCAGAGUUCAUCCCUGGAUGGGCAAAGUGGUUUAAAGAUGCUUUUGGAGUGAAAAUGAAUGAUGCAACUCCUGCAAUAUUAAUAGUAGUGCUGCUGUUUAUUCUCCCAGCCAAGCUCAACUUCUGGUGCUUCCGGGGACGAGACGAGCCUGAGCCCAAGCGCCUGGACAACAACUCCUGCCUGACGUGGAAAGUUGUGCAGGAGAAGAUCCCUUGGGGCGUGGUCCUCCUGCUGGGCGGAGGCUUUGCCAUGGCUGAGGGCGCUAAGGUGUCCGGUUUAUCCCAGUGGAUGGGAGAGUCGCUAAAAGGUUUAAAUGGUUUACACAGUGUGUACAUCGUGAUGAUUGUAACUUUCUCAACUGCCAUGCUAACAGAAGUUGCCUCCAACACUGCCACAGCUUCUAUACUGCUUCCAGUUCUGAAUGAGUUGGCAGUGAACAUACACGUAAACCCAAUCUAUCUAAUGCUGCCAGCUUCUGUAUGCUGUUCCUAUGCUUUCAUGCUACCAGUUGCAACUCCUCCUAAUGCCAUAGUGUUUGAGGCAGCAAACAUGAGGACUACGCAGAUGAUGUAUGCGGGCAUAGUGAUGAACAUUAUCUGCAUCAUUGUAAUCAACGUGAUGAUCAACACUUUGGGCGUGUACAUGUUUGAUCUCAACACUAUGCCUUCAUGGACCAACUCAACAACUUUACUGUAGUGACGGUAUUGACCCCAUAGUUAUAAUAGACUCCCUUUAUAGUUGUACGUGUUGCAACGGCUCAAGGGAUAGGGACCACAAAAUUAAGAAAAUUAUGAAAGAGUCGAUAGUCAAAACAGUUGUUCAGAAGGACUUUAUAAGUGUAAUAAAUUUUGAUAAAUGGUGAAUUUAGGUUAUUGGUGUAUUUUCACAGGGGGUUUAUUCCUGUCCUGGACAGUUUUUUAACUAAAAUAUACUUGCUCUGUCAGCAAGCUAUUGUAAUGACUUUAUUAACCCCUCCUAAGAUUGAUAAGCCUUCAGCUCAAUAUUAUUUUAGUUAUCAGAGAUAUAUACUCACGGGUGUAUUAUUUGUGCAUACAUACUACUAACUAUGUUCACGUUUAAAUUAUACUUGCUGGCUGGUCAGCAAGUUAAUGUAGCAGCGUUAACAGCCAUCUAGAGGUUGAUAGGGCUCAAACUCAACACCAAAUCAAACUACUUUUCCUAAGGAAAUAUACACCUAGAGAUGUAUCCCGGUAUGAGAAUGGAUUUUGCCAGCUGUCUUAAUGUGUGCAA